UGGCGGUGCCGGGGGCGGGGCGAGCGGGAGGGUGGGUGUGAGGCGGGAGCGGCCCCGGGAUUCCAGACCUGCCUGAGAGACGCUGGGCGAGCGGUGGUGUGGACGCCGGCGGAGCCGCGGGCGAGGGCUGCUGUAAAAUAUUACAGGCAUACUUUGGAGACAUUAUGAGUUUGGUUCUACAUCACUGCAGUAAACAGGAAGAAGAUGAGCCUUAAGUCUGAACGCCGAGGAAUUCAUGUGGAUCAGUCAGAGCUCCUGUGCAAGAAAGGAUGUGGUUACUACGGCAACCCUGCCUGGCAGGGUUUCUGCUCCAAAUGCUGGAGGGAAGAGUACCACAAAGCCAGGCAGAAGCAGAUUCAGGAGGACUGGGAGCUGGCGGAGCGACUCCAACGGGAGGAGGAGGAGGCCUUUGCCAGCAGUCAGAGCAGCCAAGGAGCCCAGUCCCUCACGUUCUCCAAGUUUGAAGAAAAGAAAACCAAUGAGAAGACCCGCAAGGUUACCACAGUGAAGAAAUUCUUCAGUGCGUCUUCCAGGGUCGGAUCAAAGAAGGCAGAAAUUCAGGAAGCAAAAGCUCCCAGUCCUUCCAUAAACCGGCAAACCAGCAUUGAAACGGAUAGAGUGUCUAAGGAGUUCAUAGAAUUUCUCAAGACCUUCCACAAGACAGGCCAAGAAAUCUAUAAACAGACCAAGCUGUUUUUGGAAGGAAUGCAUUACAAAAGGGACCUAAGCAUUGAAGAACAGUCAGAGUGUGCUCAGGAUUUCUACCACAGUGUGGCUGAAAGGAUGCAGACUCGCGGAAAAGUGCCUCCAGAAAGGGUUGAGAAGAUAAUGGAUCAGAUUGAAAAGUACAUCAUGACUCGUCUCUAUAAAUAUGUGUUCUGUCCAGAAACUACUGAUGAUGAGAAGAAAGAUCUUGCCAUUCAAAAGAGGAUAAGAGCCCUGCGCUGGGUUACACCUCAGAUGCUGUGUGUCCCUGUGAAUGAAGACGUUCCAGAAGUAUCUGAUAUGGUGGUAAAGGCAAUCACAGAUAUCAUCGAAAUGGAUUCCAAGCGUGUGCCUCGAGAUAAGUUGGCCUGUAUCACCAAGUGCAGCAAGCACAUCUUCAAUGCCAUUAAGAUCACCAAGAACGAGCCAGCAUCGGCGGAUGACUUCCUCCCCACCCUCAUCUACAUCGUUCUGAAGGGCAACCCCCCACGCCUUCAGUCCAAUAUCCAGUAUAUCACGCGCUUCUGCAAUCCAAGCCGGCUGAUGACUGGAGAGGAUGGCUACUAUUUCACCAAUCUGUGCUGUGCUGUGGCUUUUAUUGAGAAGUUAGAUGCCCAGUCUUUGAAUUUAAGUCAGGAGGAUUUUGAUCGCUAUAUGUCUGGCCAGACCUCUCCCAGGAAGCAAGAAGCUGAGAGUUGGUCUCCUGAUGCUUGCUUAGGUGUCAAGCAAAUGUACAAGAACUUGGAUCUCCUGUCUCAGUUGAAUGAACGACAAGAAAGGAUCAUGAAUGAAGCCAAGAAACUUGAAAAAGACCUAAUAGAUUGGACAGAUGGAAUUGCAAGGGAAGUUCAAGACAUUGUUGAGAAAUACCCGCUGGAAAUAAAGCCUCCGAAUCAACCAUUAGCUGCUAUUGACUCUGAAAACGUUGAAAAUGAUAAACUUCCUCCACCACUGCAACCUCAAGUUUAUGCGGGAUGAUCACAAUUUACGUGGAGAGUAUUUAUUUGAGCCUAAAUUGUAGGUAGCCCUUACUACUUUCAGCUGAUUGGGAUCUAGAAUAUAACUAAAUUGCUUAUAAAUAUCAGAGCAUUUUUAAAGGUACAGUGGAUGGGGAUUGCUUUUAUUGUUUUUCCUAGCAGGGGAAGCUUAGUUAAUAAUAAAAUACUAUUUAUUUGAGUUACUGAUACAGAUUCACAUAAGACUUGUGUGCAAAUUUUGUCUCAAUCUUUUUUUCCCCUCCAUGAUUUUCCUAUAUGCUUCCUCUGUGGUUUGGUUUUGGUAAAUAAUUGCCUUUUAAAGUAUAAAACAAAUGAAUGCUACAAAGUGUAUGUUUAAGGAAAUUCAAUGGUACCACUCUUCCACAGUUUGAAAUAAUUUUAUAAUUGUAAAGAUAGAAAUUAUAUUGAUAAUAUGUAAAAUUGUAAAUAUGUUAAAAAAAAAAAACAAGGAAUGGUGUCUGCUGUGCAUGGCAUUUUAUAUGUUAAUUUUUUAGUUUAAAAUGAAGUAUAUUGAAUGUUUGCCUUUAGCACCAUUUUAUUUGGUUUGUCCCACUAAAAUGACUCGAGAAGUGUUUAAACAAACUUUCCUGAAGAUGUGCACUCCAUCUUUAACAACAUGUUAGCCCUAACUUUGAGGUUCUAUAUCGUCAGAGACUAUGACACCACUAAGUUUCAGAAUAAAUUUUAGGCCACAUAAAAUAGUUGUUUCAUGUAGUCGAUAGGAGACUUUAAACCAUGGUUUUAGCUUAUUUUCCCCUUAUUCAUUCAGCAAAUCUCUAUUGGAUUGUUUGGUGUGAAGGAGCAGGCCCUGGGUCUGGAAUGGAAGGCAGGAAUUAACAGGCCACUGAUGGUGGUAGGUGACGGGUCCCUUAGCUAUAAGAUGCAGGGGGCGUCUUGCAGCCUCCACAAUGUACUUUUGACUUUAUGGGCAGGCCAGAUACGUUUUCUGAUCCUCUUUCAGGACAUUUCAACCUCAGGACUGUUAACAUUAGUGGCCUGAGAGGUGUUUGUUGUGAGGGUCCACCCUGUGCAUGGUAGAAUGUUCAGCAGCAUUCCUGCUCACCAUACCUGCUAGACGCCAGUAGCACCCCACAGAGCUGUGAAAAAUUCUCUCCAGACAGUCAGAUGUCUCCUGGGGCCAUAUCUCCCCCCACCCCCGCUCCCGUAAGAACCACUGAUGUGUUGUACAAACCAGGAGGUACCCUCCUGGUGGUUAAUACGGUGUAACCAAAGAAUCUUGCACUCAAUGCACAGUGUGAUGUUAACUAAAUGAGUAAAAUAGGAGGCUGGACAGCUACCUGCGUUGUAGAACCUCUUCUCAUGGCAGUGGAACCUUCCAUAACCUACAUGUACCACUGAUGAUUUUUCUUCCACUCAGUGACUUCCACAGAUUGUGCAAGUAUACUUGUGAAAUCGUGCAUGAGGGAGGCCCCAGGGCACUGUUUUCGGGAACAGCAUCACUUCACACAAGCAGCUGGGAAGGAUUCUCUUGCUUUUCCAUUAUCUUCCUAAGAAUGGAGCCCAAAAUUGCAGAGCAGUAAUUUUGGAAUAAAAUCAAGAUGGAUAUAAAACUUCUUAUUCUUAAAUUUACAUGUAAGAUCUAUGAAGCCUGACACAUCUGUGUCAUCAUGCACUGAAGACGGGAAGCAGUUCACUGAGUCAGCUGGUUCGCAGGCUUGCAUAGAAGGUGAUGAGUUACUACCAAAAGCCAGUGAGAAUCUUCUCAUAGAAUAACCUGGGUCCAAGUGAUGUUAGUAGAAAAGUUCCUUGUCUUUGUUUUAAUUUUCUAUGUGCUUUUUAGGUGCGAAUCCAGAUAUGUAGUCUUAAUUCCCCUGGAAAAUACACAGUUCUUUUAGUUAUUGUACAUUCUGUUUGUUAAAUAAACUGCAAAUCAACUUCCCACAAAAGCUGACUUCUUUGGGUCUCUUAACAUAUCUUUAAAGUAGAUCAUUGAAUUGAUUUUUUGGUAGUAUCUCAUAUUGGUCAAAUUCUUCAGGUAUGGACUCUCGCCUUAUAGGCUUCUGUUUCUCUUAAGUCAGCAUCAAUACAAUGGCCAGAGUUUCUGUUUUUGCAACAAGAAGGUGUUGGUAUUUUAUGUAUGGUAAAUGUGAUUGGAAUAAACCUUUGGACAGAAGUCUUUAUCAAUAAAGUUUCGCAAUCCAUCCCUCUUCCAAAAA